ACGCGGGCGGCGCGGCGGCGGGCAUGAAGGAGGAUGGACGGGCAGGACGAGGUGUCGGCGCGGGAGCAGCACUUCCACAGCCAAGUGCGGGAGACCACGAUAUGCUUCCUCCUGUUCGCUGUCCUCUACGUGGCUUCCUAUUUCAUCAUCACGAGGUACAAGCGGAAAUCAGAUGAGCAUGAAGAUGAGGACGCCGUGGUCAACAGGAUCUCGCUGUUCCUGAGCACCUUCACGCUGGCCGUGUCGGCGGGGGCCGUGCUGCUGCUGCCGCUGUCCAUCGUCAGCAACGAGGUCCUGCUCUCCUUCCCCCAGAGCUACUACAUCCAGUGGCUGAACGGCUCGCUGAUCCACGGCCUGUGGAACCUCGCCUCUCUCUUCUCCAACCUCUGCUUAUUUGUGCUGAUGCCCUUCGCCUUUUUCUUCCUGGAGUCAGAAGGCUUCGCUGGCCUGAAGAAGGGAAUCCGCGCCCGGGUCCUCGAGACGCUGGUCAUGCUGCUGCUGCUGGCUCUGCUCAUCCUGGGCAUGGUGUGGGUGGCCUCGGCGCUCCUGGGCAGCGACGCCGCCAGCAUGGAGUCCCUCUACGAUCUGUGGGAGUUCUACCUGCCCUACUUGUACUCCUGCGUCUCACUGAUGGGGUGCCUGCUGCUCCUCCUGUGCACCCCGGUCGGCCUCUCGCGCAUGUUCACAGUGAUGGGCCAACUGCUGGGGAAGCCGGCGAUUCUUGAAGAUCUGGACGAGCAGAUGUAUAUGAUCACCCUCGAGGAAGAAGCGCUGCAGCGGCGGCUCAACGGCCUGUCCCCAUCUGUGGAGUGCGACCUGCUGGACCUGGAGCAAGAGCUGCAAAAUGUGAAGACUCUGAAGGCCAAACUGGAGAGGCGGAGGAAGGCGUCGGCCUGGGAGAGGAACUUGGUGUACCCGGCCGUCAUGGUGCUGCUGCUCUUCGAGACGGCCAUGUCGGUCCUCCUGGUGGCCUGCAACGUCCUCUGCCUGCUGGUGGACGAGACCGCCAUGCCGCAGGGCUCGCGGGGGCCUGGAAUAGGACACGCCUCUCUCUCGGCCUUUGGCUUUGUGGGCGCUGCGCUUGAGAUCAUCUUGAUUUUCUAUCUCAUGGUGUCCUCCGUCGUCGGUUUCUAUAGCCUCCGAUUUUUUGGAGACUUUAUUCCCAAGAAGGACGAUACCACCAUGACGAAGAUCAUCGGGAACUGCGUGUCCAUCCUGGUCCUGAGCUCGGCGCUGCCUGUGAUGUCCAGAACGCUGGGAAUCACGAGAUUUGAUCUGCUUGGAGACUUUGGAAGGUUUAAUUGGCUGGGAAAUUUCUAUAUUGUCCUGUCCUACAACUUGCUGUUCGCGAUUGUGACGACGCUGUGCCUGGUCCGCAAGUUCACCUCCGCGGUGCGGGAAGAGCUCCUCAAAGCCCUAGGGCUCCGCAAGCUGCGCCUGUCCAGCGCCCCCCGGGAGCCGGACUCCGCCAAGCCAUCGGCCAACGGGCACCAGAAGGCGCUCUGAGACGCCGGCCUUCUCCUGCGCCCCUGGCGGCCGCGCCGGUGUGGAGGGGACAUGACCAUGUGGAGGGAACAUGCCUGGCCUGGUGACGGGCGGAGGUGCCCGCGGACCGAGGCCGGCCUGAGCCGGGGCGGCAUCAGAGCCCAGCGCCUGCAUCAGGCCCGCCCCAGUGGACUCCGUGCGGCCCGCCCCGAGCUCCGCUGCCGGGGACAGCGUGACCGUGGCCCGCUCGCUCUGGCCUGCAAGCCUCGCGCCAGGGCCUCUGGCUCCAUGCGCCCGGCGUCCCGUGAAGGCCAGGACCGCGCCCCACCCCAGCCGCCCUGCUGCAGGCACGCCGCCGGCCCGCAGGUGGGGAGAGUCUGUGAGGCGCGCCCGUGUACCCGAAAUUCAGAAGGUCUCCAUGCGGCGCCCACAUCAGAACAGCCGAGGCGUGUCCGCGGUCUGCAGAGGCGCACCGGGAGGGAGCCGCGUGGCCGCUGCGCUGCGGGCG